AUGGCGAAGGGUUAUACUAUAACCAGGGGCCGCCUCAAAGUGGGCUUCACCGUGAGACUGACUAUAUUCAUGUGUUGUUACAUCGUUACUUACAUGGUACUUUUCAUCUAUCAAGCUAAGGCUUUCGAUCCAGGCGAAGUACUGUACUUGUAUGAAAGUCCAGCCGGCUACGGACUCAUAGUGUUGCGAAUAAUGGCUUGGUGCGUGUUCGCUUACUCGACAUUUUUCACUGUCAAAAAAUAUCCAGAGAAGAAUGCUUUCUACUGUCCGUUCUCCAUUUGUGGCACUCUAUGGUUCUUCGCGGGACCACUUUUUAUACUUACAGCAAAUUCUUAUAUAGAUAAAUGGGUGCGCGAGAGUGUGGUUAUUGCAGUAUUAAUGUUUAUCACAUUCAGUGGACACAUAAUGUUUUUGCUGUUGACUUUACCAGUUUUUGCAAACAAAAAUUUUCCCUAUCAUGUGAGGACGACACAAGUGGGGGUUAUGGAGGUAACAGGAAGUUCCGCACUUGACGGAUUCGGCCCUAAUCCUUACCAUCCGAGCAACGGUACACCUCAGACGGUCAUCAUCCCUCUUACAAGAAGAACGGAAGAACUGAUAGGCAACAUGUACAAUCAGUAUAUGGCUUCGGCACCCCCUCUUUCAAUAGAAAACGGCACUCCUAAACUAAACGGGAUGCCAAAGAGUUUAGACUCAAUAUCAAGCCAAAACGGCAUUUCGAAACAAGACAGCACAGAAACAAACGCAUCUGACGACAUCAAACCAACACUCAAUGAAAGAGACAGGGAGAUAUUCACAGUAGAAAGUCAUAUAUCGAAAAGAGAAACGGUGUUGCCCGCUGAGGCACCUGUGUUACCGCAUGAAAAUAAUUAUAGUAACGGGGAGAUCGCCAAGGAGUUUUCUAGGGGUGAUUUGCCAAACGUUUUGAGGUCCAGAAGGAAUAUUCUGGAGCCUAUAAAAGAUGCACCGGUGCCGACUUGGUCUUUAGCGAAAGGGCCAUGCGUAGUUGCUAUGCAAAAGAAAAUCGUCAGUGAUGAAGACGAUUCCGAAUCGAAUGUCUCUUUAUCGAACGGUAAGAAAGUGCCUCCAGUAAGGAACGGGUUGCAACUACGUUCUGGAGAUAUAUCCACCAUACACGAGGGACGCGUGCAAACAUACUCGCGUACUAUGGAUUUGUUUAACGCUACUAGUGGCAACGGUUGA